CUUUGUGUGCAAGGUCAAGGCCAACAAAGGAAAAGGAAGGUCAUUUGAGGAAAGCCGGCUGUCAAAUCACUUUAAACAACAACCAUGUCAAACCAAAGGAAAUUUUUUGUUGGAGGAAACUGGAAGAUGAACGGGAAUAAAGAGAGCAUCGCUGGCAUCGCGAAAUUCUUGAAUGCAGGACCACUGGAUUCAAAUACAGAGGUGGUUGUGUCCCCGCCAGCAUGUUACUUGGAAUACACUAGACAGGUAGUAGAUUCUAAAGUGGGAGUGGCAGCUCAGAACUGUUAUAAAGUGGCAAGUGGUGCUUUUACAGGAGACAUCAGUGCCAAUAUGAUUAAAGACCUCGGAUGUGAAUGGGUUAUUCUGGGGCAUUCAGAGAGAAGAAAUGUUUUUGGUGAAUCUGACCAGCUGAUUGGUGAGAAAACAAAGUAUGCACUAAGUCAAGGUGUGAAAGUAAUAGCCUGUAUUGGUGAGAAGCUGGAAGAGAGGGAAGGUGGAAAAACCGAGGAAGUGGUUUACAGACAAACUCAAGCCAUCAUUGAAAAUAUAGCAGCAGACCAGUGGCCUAAUGUAGUGAUAGCCUAUGAACCAGUGUGGGCCAUUGGAACUGGGAAAACAGCAACCCCAGAACAAGCUCAGGAAGUUCAUGAAAAAUUAAGAGCCUGGUUAGCAGAUAAAGUGUCAAAAGAAGUGGCAGCUGCUGUCCGAAUUAUCUACGGUGGAUCUGUUAAUGCUGCCAACUGCAAAGAUCUAGCUUCUAAACCUGACAUUGAUGGAUUUUUAGUUGGAGGGGCUUCCCUUAAACCAGAUUUUGUACAGAUUGUCAAUGCCAGACAAAAGUGAGAGUGGUGCCAUAUUCCUGACUUUAGAAAGUUUUAGAACAGAAAGUUUAGCAAGUUUUGUGUUCAUUUUGUUGUUAUAUUCUAUAAAACAACACUGUUACAAUCUUACACCUUUCUGAUUUCUGAUGUUAUUGAUGAUGUAGAAGUGCUACAGUUUUGUGUUUUUUUGUUUCAAUACUGAAAUAGUUGUUAAAACAUGACUACUU